UCCAGCAAAUUUAAAUUAAAUUAAACACAUCAAGAUUACAAUUACAUUCACAUAAAUUUUCAACACCUAAUCAACAACAAUAUUACUACUAGAGUACAUUUCAUUUCCUGCUGCUUAGUAAGACUACACAGACCUUGUAUUUUAUUUCAUCAGUACACACUACUUCAUUAUGCAAUGUGCACUGAUGAUACAAUACUAAUUCAAAAAAAAAGUGAAAAAAGCAUUUAAAUGAAGAGGCGCAUUCGAAUGCACGGUGCAUCCGUCUUAAUUAAUUAAUAAUAAUGGGGACAGAUGCACCGAACAUUCAGAUGGAUAUGCUAGAAGUAGUGAGCGGAGGGGGAGCAGAAGGCGGCGCCGCUCCAAAUCUCCUUGAAAGCUCUGACGAUGAUGGCGUGGUAGUAAGGAGAGUUGAGCUGCAAGAAGCAGUUCAAGAGCUCUCUGAGAUCAUCUUUGGAGUAGAGCUCCUUUUCGAGGAUCAUCUGCAGCAUGGAGCGUCGGAAGUCGAGAUAAGGGUCUUCCGACUCUUUCUCGACCGCCACGCUCUGCCCGCCCAGCCUCCCGAAGCCCUGCACCGCGCGGAGGCUCUUGAUGUCCGCCUCCGAGGAGGAGAAGCAGUAGUGCGGUGGCGUCUCGAUGGCGGAGGACGAGGAGAAUGUGGUCGUGGUGUUGAGGGAGCUCGAAGAGGAGGACGAGUUGCGGUGGCGGUGCCUGCGGCGGAAGAGGGCGGAGAGGGAGGACCCGCAGUCUAGUUUCACGCUCACUGUGUUGAGAAUGUGUUUCUUGGCACUUGGCAUUGUAUUACAAAAGUAUUCUUGCUUGUUUCUCUAUAUAUGGGUGGGUUAAGUGAUGAGAGGAAGUAAAAAAUCAAUAUCCAACCAAAUCUGUACAUUAUGGAAAGACAAAGAUAGAUAACUAUCGUAUUUACUUUUAUUUAUUUGGGAAAGUAGUAAAUUUAGAAAGUUAUAUUUACCACUUUUCCAUAUACUAUAAGGUAAAUGAGAGUUAUUUUUCUUUGCAUUUUCAUUUAUAUAGAGAGAUAGGGUGGUCAACGGUACAUUUAUAAGAAGUUUUAGAACUCAGUGUUUAACAUUCAAACUUUGACGAAAAAAGGUUAAAUUAUUUAGUAUUUCUGUCAUGCAUCAUCUGAUAUUAAUAGUCGAUAAGAUGAAGAAAGGCAAAUGAUUUGGGGGACCCUUGUUUAAAUGAGAACAACACAUUUGAUAUUGUAAUUUAUCUAUCAAGAUCUGAAUCACUAACAUUUUGGCAGACAAGGGAGAACUCCCAUUUGCUAUAGAACCUCAGAAGCGUUAUUACGCGGGCGUUGGAAGUCAUUAUUUUUAUUUUUCCAACGCAUAUAUAAUGCAAGUAAAGUGGUAGUAAGAGCAUCCACAAUAGCGCCUAGCGCACCGUCUAGCCGAGCGCCGGCGCUAGGCGGUGCGCUAGGCGAUCUAUUGCAACCGCCUAGCGGAUUUCGCGAUAAAAAACCGCCUAGCGCUCGGCGGUUCCGCGGCGCUAGGCGAUCCAUUUGAGUGUAAAAUACGAGGCAUUCAUUUGUUGACAGUAGGUAGGGUAAUCUAGUCAGGUUGCUCAUCAAUACCUUCACGCUUUAUCAAUUAUUAAGAAACAUUAUAUAUAUGAUACAAACAAGAAUUGUUCAUUAUUGUUGGACUAGAGAAUUAUUUUGAAUUAUUCGAUUCAAUCGAGUUACGGUAGUGUUAGUUAUACAUUUCUAUUCUGGAUUAGUAGGUUUGAAUCCUAAGUUGGCUACUGAGAUAAAUAGCUUGAUGUAGAGUACCAACCCUUUGAGCAAAAUAUUGUAGCAAGAGAUAAAAGGGAAAACCCAGAGACCGAUCCCAUCAUUUUAGUUUUAAUGUGAAAAUUAAGAGAUAGAUAAUAUUAUAGAUCAGUAAAGAGAUAAUAUUAUGUUAGAACAUCCCAAAUAAGAAUACUGGAAUGUGGAGGGAAUUAGUUUCUAUGAUAUUCAUAUAUUCGCUUUGUAGGCAUCUUUGACUAAAGUAGAAGCUUUUGUUUAAUUAUUGUAUAAGUUUGUUAGCUCUUGAUUUUUUAAUGCAUAGUGCAUAACAUAAUCAUGCGUAUCCAUGUGCAGCUUGAACAGAAGGAUUCAAACCCGACAUCAACUGCUUUUAGCUCAUUGUACGCGGCUCCUGAUCAAAUUCGAGACGUGCAGGAGAAAGCAUGAGUGAGACCAUCAUGUUCAAUGUCAAGACAUGCAUCGGGUAC